AUGGAUUUGAUACGUUUGGGAGCCUCGAAAACGUGCCUGUCUACGGCGUAGAAGGCUGAUAAUCUCUAUCCAGAAAUGAGAUAGAUCAGUUGCUACAUGCUGUCAUACCUCAAUCAUUUCAAAUUAUAUUCAGCAUAUAUACCCCUAAGUGUUCUCGUAUCUUUUCGCUCAUAACUGCUCAAUAUUGCACUGUUUCUCCAUAUUUACUAUACCUUGUUUUCUUCUUUAGCGAAUUGUAUUUUGGUUCAUAUCCUCCUUAAUAUCUAUCAUAACUCUUCUACAAUAACCUCUACCCUCAGAAUGUCCGACGACAGCACACAUAAAUUCCGGUUAUGGAAGUAAGAGUAGUCCACUUCAGUACUCAACACCCAUAUACUGAUUCUAUCGUAGAUAUGAACCCUCGGUGGCAGCCGCAGCAAUUUUCAUGGUUCUCUUUAUCGGAACCACAUUCUUCCAUGUCUAUCAAAUGAUCAGAAAGCGCUCUCUCUUUUUCGUACCUUUGGUCAUCGGAGGUGUCUGUACGUACCAAUCAGUAAUCAUAAUCACGCAUGUAGUAAUCCAACACUUCCAUCAGUCGAAUUUCUUGGAUACCUUGGCCGAAUAUUAGCCCACAACAACCAAACCAGUCUCUCUUUCUACAUCAUGCAAACCUUACUCCUCCUCGUUGCGCCGGCUCUCUUCGCAGCCAGUAUCUACAUGAUUCUAGGUCGGAUGAUAGCGCACACAAAGGCCGAGAGUCUUGCACCAAUUCGACGAACCUGGCUUACAAAGAUAUUCGUUCUUGGAGAUGUCUUUUCAUUCCUUGUCCAGGCUGGAGGUUAGAAUAUAUCAAUCCACCCUCCCCCAAUGAUUACCACUAACACAAGUAUAGGAGGAGGACUACUUGCCCAAGCAAGCAGUCAAAAUACCGGGAAAAAAAUCGUCAUCGCCGGCCUCUUUAUCCAAAUCGUCAUGUUCGGCGUCUUCAUGAUAACCAGUGGGAUAUUACACCGCCGACUUUCCUCCACUCCAACGAACGCCUCCCUAUCGACACCUUGGAGAAAAUACAUGUAUUCUCUGUACUUUGCUAGCGCAUUGAUUCUAGUUCGGUCUAUCUUCCGUGUUGCGGAGUUCUUGGGCGGGCAGACGGGGACGUUGAUGACUCACGAGGUUUACCUCUAUAUCUUUGAUGGGGUUCUGAUGUUUGGUACUAUGAUUGUUUUCAAUGUCGUUCAUCUAGGCAAUCUUAUUGGGUCGAAGCAAUUGGCUGAUGAGACGGAGUUGAAUGAUGGGUCGGAUUCUUGAUAACGGACAGAGAUACUUUCAGGGAGGAUUGUUGGUUAAUGAUGGGAUAAAUGAUUUAGACGGCAUUGUGUUUGGAAUUAUUGGAGACCAUCGGUCAUAUCGAAACUUGGGGGGUUCUGUUUUAUUUUGGC